GAUUUUUGUGCACCAAUGAGAAGCAGAGCUUACAAAGAGAUCUAGUCCCUCCCCCUUCAUGCAGCCCCUGCCUCACAAAUGCUUCAACUGCAAAGAGCUGGAUGAGGAGAUGCGAUGAUCUUCAUACAUUUACAGAGAACACAAAGGGGAAACCCAUUUAACAUGACCGGACUCUGGAUUUUAUUUUGAAAGAAUGCUUCGUGACUAUGGAUGGGAAAUAUCAAUGUGAUUGCCUUGCUGGAUAGUAAUUGUAGCGGCACUGGGAUGACAAAGACAAUAGGAUACCGAGCCUGGGGAUGGCAGGCUUUCUGGUGGCAUCAUUUCUUUCUCCUGUGGAGUACAAUAGAUGCACAGACUCGAUACAGCAUCCCAGAGGAAGUAAAACACGGAUCGGUGGUUGGAAACCUCGCGAAAGAUCUGGGAUUGACGUUAACCGAGAUUUCUGAGCGUGCGCUACGCGUUGCUGCUGAGUCUGGUGAGCAAUAUUUUAGCGUGGAUGCGGGGAGAGGAGAGCUGCUGGUGAACGACAGAAUAGACAGAGAGGCUUUAUGCGGACAAAGCGCCAGCUGUGUGUUGCCUUUACAGUUAGUUCUUGAAAAACCUCUGAGUUUACAUCGCCUUGAGGUUGAAAUUCAAGAUAUUAAUGACAAUCCUCCUAAAUUCUAUACUGAGGAAUUGUUUUUAAAUAUUUCCGAAUCGGCUGCUGUGGGAACUCGAUUUCCAUUAGAGAGCGCAGAGGACUCGGAUGUUGGUGGAAAUUCAGUAAAAUCCUACACUUUGACAAAGAAUGACUUCUUUGUGUUAAAAAUGAAAGAGGUCGAAGACGGAAAAACAGUCCCAGAGUUGGUGUUGGAGAAGCCGCUUGAUCGAGAAAUAAAAGCUGUUCAUCAGCUCCGUCUCACUGCGUUAGAUGGAGGAAACCCCAUGAAAUCCGGUACCUCUACAAUAACUGUAACUGUGCUUGAUAACAAUGAUAACUUCCCAGUGUUUGAAAAGAGUUCAUAUCGCGUUUCUUUACUUGAAAAUACGGCAAAAGGUUCGUUUGUAAUCAAAAUAGCUGCGAGUGACGCCGAUGAGGGAUCAAAUGGAGAAAUUCGGUUUUCUUUCGGCGCGCGGACACCUGAUUCCGUGUUAACAUUAUUUGAGAUUAAAACUCUAAGCGGAGAAAUUAUUUUAAAAGGCGAUUUAGAUUACGAAAGAGAGACGUCCUACAAAUUUGAGAUAACUGCAAAAGAUAAAGGGAGUCCGGAAAUGCAAAGUCACUGCCGCCUCCAGAUAGAUGUUGUUGACGUAAAUGACAAUAAACCAGAAAUCGUUCUGACUUCUGAACCACAGCCAGUGCGCGAGGACGCACCGGGAGGCACUGUGGUGGCGUUACUUAAUGUGCGCGAUGCAGACUCCGGUAAUAACAGUAAAGUGCAUUUACAAAUAUCAAAAGGUUCUCCUUUUAAAUUAAAGUCAUCGUUUUUUAAUAAUUAUGCACUAAUAACUAGUGGUCCUUUAGACAGAGAAAAAAUAUCAGAUUAUCAUGUGGAAAUAACCGCUACUGACUCUGGAUCUCCCCCGCUGUCUUGUAAAAGAAUUGUAUCUGUCAGCGUCACUGACGUUAAUGACAAUCCUCCAGUUUUUACGCAGCGGUCUUAUAACGUGUAUUUAAAGGAGAACGGAGUUCCGGGUUCUAUUCUGUUCUCAGUAUCCGCGUCUGACCUGGAUUCAGGUGAAAACGCAAAGAUCUCUUACUCCAUUCUGGACUCGAAAGUCCAGGACGUGUCCGUGUCCUCCUAUGUUUACAUGAACUCAGAGAACGGCAGCAUCUACAGCAUGCACUCGUUUGACUAUGAGAAGCUGAAGGUGUUUGAGAUCCACGUUCAGGCAAAGGACCAGGGCUCUCCUUCUCUCAGCAGCAACGCUACUGUCCACGUCUUUAUUCUGGACCAGAACGAUAACGCCCCCGCCGUCAUUUACCCCUCCUCCGCUGCUCUGGGCUCCCUCUCUCAUCAGAGGAUGCCCCGCUCCGCCAAAGCGGGUCACCUGGUUACCAAGGUGACGGCGGUGGACGCUGACUCGGGCCAUAACGCCUGGAUCUCCUACAGACUGGCGGAGGCCACAGACGCCUCUCUGUUCACCGUCAGUCUGUACACAGGAGAAGUGAGGACUAAACGCGCUGUGUCCGAGCAGGACGACUCCUCUCAGAGGCUGAUCCUAGAGAUCAAAGACGACGGAGAGCCGCUCCAAUCCGCCACCGUCACGGUGUCCAUCCUGCUGGAGGACGCUCUCCACGAGCCCAUCUCAGAGCUGCGACACCACAAAGCGUCCGAGCCCAGCAAGAAAACGGGCAGAAUCACCCUUUAUUUGAUUCUGUCUCUGGCCUCGGUGUCCGUGCUGUCUCUGCUGACUUUUGUCAUCUUAGCGGUGAAAUGCAUGAGGAACAGCAGAAGCAGCGGCAGCUGCUGCUGCAUGAGACGCAGCGACUCGGAUGAUUACAAGAACCCCAACAGAAACCUGCAGAUUCAGCUCAACACCGAUGGACCUAUCAAGUACGUGGAGGUCCUGGGAGGAGACAUGAUGUCUCAGAGUCAGUCCUUCAGGUCCUGCAUGUCUCCCAUGUCAGAGUACAGUGAUUUCACUCUGAUUAAACCCAGCAGCACCACAGACUUUAAGGAGGUCAUCAGUGUGCUGGAUGCCUCUUUACCUGACAGCACCUGGACAUUUGAGAGUCAACAGGUGAGCAGCGAGUUGUAAAAAAUAGCUUAUCGA